AUGGACUCAAGUCGUCAAGAUAACAAUUUGAACCUCCAGAAGGACUUUUUGGCCUUUCUGUUUCCGGAAUCUUCCUCUGACCAACAACGAGGCCAUGACUCUCAGCAGAACGAAGUUAUGAACGCAGCUGCUGUACACGGUCCCAGUCAACGUUCGAAUUCUGGGAUGCUCAACUUUACUGGAACCGCCAACCCUCCUUUCAAUCAACAAUUAGAUCUUAUGGCUAUGAACAAUCUCAUGUCUAUGCAGGGCAUGGACAACACGUCACUUCCGGCCCUGCCCAGUUCCACGAGCCUUACACCUCAGGUCAUUUUUGAACAACAGUACAAGCUUACUCAGCUGCACCAGCUGCAGCAACUUCAAAAUCAAAUUCAGAAUCAAAUUUUUCAGCAGCAGUUCCUCAACCGUAUUGGUUCACAAUACCCCAAUCCUCCUCAGGACGUGUACUCAUCCCAUACGCUUGACCCUGUUUCCCUCCCCUCUCCCCAUGACGUUUCCGUCUCCCCGCAAUAUCUUCGCGACACGCGCCAUCCAGGUUCUAGCUCCGCACCUGCCAACAUAGUCUUCCAUCACACAAGCCCUCCCAUGCCGCCUCCAGACCUCGACAUUGACAUUUCUCCGUUGACGAGCCCCUGGCUUGAGGCAUACCAUAACCAACGUCCCCCAAAUAAGCGCACGAUAUCACCAAGUGCAGAAGAUGCGGCGCGUGCGGUGCGAAAGCGGGGACCCUCCACGACUUCUCCGGCAUCAACAGUGAAACAAUCCGCAAGGCAUGCCAAGAGCGCAACAAAUACCCCUCUUCUACGCUCCACAAAGUCCCGCAUGAAUAGCACCAUCAUGGAGACAGAUUCACCUUCUCCUGUCGACUUGUCGAUGCCGCCCCCCGCGCCUCCGGGACCUCGCCAAUCCCCUCCCAAUUCUGCAUCACCGAGCACUCCUGAAGCGACAUCGCCAAUGACCCCGGUCACUCCCGCAAGCAUAAUGAAUCUUGGCCGUCUGGGUAUUAGCAGUAGCCUCACUACUAUCGCAGCACCCACGUCUCAGAAAUCUGAUAGAGCAAAAGAACCUGCUAGGGUCAGGAUAGCGCCCGAUAGCGGUGCAUCAAGCAGAGGAUCCAAGAAGAGCGCACUACCGUUCAUCAGUCCUGGGCCCAAGUUAAUCUUACCAGCUGGCACGCCAUCAUCUGUAAAUGCAGGCUCUUCUGCACUCUCACCUCCUAUUCCUAAUCGCAAGUCGCACAAGGACGCCGAACAAAAGCGCCGUGAUUCGCUGAAGACUGCGUAUGACGAUCUGCGCAUUUUACUCCCACCAGUUCCGCUACCUUCCGAUGAAAACUUCCCUGAUGAACCGAUCCUUCCGGGUGCUUUACCCCCCAGAGGACCACCAAAAGCUGGUGGGGAUGGUCCAAAUAAAGGUGUCAGCAAGCUACAGCUGCUCAGAGUCGGGAACGAUUUUAUUCGAACGCUCAAGGGUCGGGUAGAGCGUCGAGAUAGUGAAAUAGAGAAUCUGAGGAAAGAGGUGUCGAGACUGCGUGUUAUUGCUGGAGAUGCAGCUGGAGGGGAACAUAUAGAUCUAGAACAGGAUCUCGAUGCCAUUGAAGCUUAUUCGACUUUCCGCCAAUCAUCACUUGGUGCCGUUGCGGAGGGGGACGAUGCGGACGAUGCUGAAGAGUGA